CUAGAAAUGCAGCAAAUCUCUCCCGUUUUCUCCCGGUGGGGCACUGCGAGGGCUGGAUACGUGCUUUGCACUGGCAGGCUGAUGAGGACACGUGUCUCCUCCCUGCCUCUCCCCAGGCUCCAUGGUACGGCACUGGCAUCAGUUAAGGCAUCUGAAAACCGACAGCUAGCUCCUGGAAACGUUGUCCCCUAUCUUAUAUCCAAAAAGGAAAACGAUAUUAUAUGCCCUGCAGAAACCUGUGGCUCGCAUUUUGUCGUGCGUAAAGCUUUUGCGCACACCCCUGGACCGCCUCAGAGACUGAAUAGGCGCGCUACUCAUCGAGCAUCAGAGCGCAGUGCCAAGAUGCAAAAAAGAAGAAGCGACGUCUGAAGGUGACAUGAACCUGGGGAUAAUCAAGAACUUGUGCGAUUCCUCGUGGUUUGAUCUAAUGCAGAGAAUCAAGAGCUAAACCUCUGGCUAGCCUCGUUUUUAUAUUGACUGAAGGAGAAAAACACUAAUUAAGCUGUAGACAACUGAGAGUCGGAAGAGGAGCAAAAAUGGCGACGUUAAUCAGAAGCAAGCUUACUAAUAAACUGUCAAAUGCAGCCACGGCUGUGUCCAACAAAUCCCAGGCGAAGGUGAGCGGGAUGUUCGCCAGGAUGGGGUUUCAGGCAGCCACCGACGAGGAAGGUCUGGGUUUCGUUGCCUGCGACGACCUGGACUACGAUCACCGGCAAGGCAUGCAAAUGGACAUUUUGACAUCUGAUGAGAUGGGGGGAGAGGGGAGCGGGGAAGGCGGUGUGCUGGAAGGGGACAGCCAUUACCAGAGGGACGGCACCGGCCCACCACACUCAGCUUCAAAGGACGGAGGUCCGACGAACGAGUUGGCCGAAGUCAAACCAAAAAUCACCGCUUGGGAGGCCGGCUGGAACGUCACGAAUGCAAUCCAGGGGAUGUUUGUUCUUGGCUUGCCCUACGCCAUCCUGCACGGAGGAUACCUCGGACUCUUUCUCAUUAUUUUUGCCGCCGUGGUGUGCUGUUACACAGGAAAAAUCCUUAUUGCCUGCCUGUACGAGGAGGACGAAGACGGGCAGCUGGUCCGUGUGAGGGACUCCUAUGUGGACAUUGCCAACGCCUGCUGCGCGCCCAGAUUCCCGUCUUUAGGUGGCCAUGUUGUGAAUGUAGCCCAAAUCAUAGAGUUAGUGAUGACUUGCAUCCUGUAUGUGGUGGUCAGUGGUAAUCUCAUGUACAACAGCUUCCCUAACCUACCAGUUUCCCAAAAGUCGUGGGCCAUCAUCGCCACCGCCGCUCUCCUCCCCUGCGCGUUUCUGAAGAACCUGAAAGCCGUCUCCAAGUUCAGCUUGCUGUGCACGCUGGCGCAUUUUGUCAUCAACAUCCUGGUCAUAGCUUACUGCCUCUCUAGAGCGAGGGACUGGGCCUGGGACAAGGUCAAGUUUUACAUCGAUGUCAAGAAGUUCCCCAUCUCCAUUGGGAUUAUCGUGUUCAGCUACACCUCGCAGAUCUUCCUGCCGUCUCUGGAGGGGAACAUGCAAAAACCCAGCGAGUUCCACUGCAUGAUGAACUGGACUCACAUCGCUGCCUGUAUCCUCAAGGGCCUGUUCGCCCUGGUGGCCUACUUGACCUGGGCUGACGAAACCAAGGAGGUUAUCACAGACAACCUGCCGCCAACCAUCCGAGCUGUCGUCAAUAUCUUCCUAGUGUCCAAAGCUCUACUGUCUUAUCCGCUGCCGUUUUUCGCUGCCGUCGAUGUAUUAGAGAAAACGUUUUUCCAGGAUGGGGGACGUGCGUACUUUCCGGAUUGCUACGGAGGAGAUGGACGCCUAAAAUCCUGGGGACUCGCUCUCCGAUGUAGCCUUGUUGUGUUCACCUUGCUGAUGGCGAUAUAUGUGCCACAUUUCGCCCUCCUCAUGGGUCUCACUGGGAGCCUGACGGGCGCAGGCCUGUGCUUUCUACUUCCCAGUCUCUUCCACCUCAAGCUUUUAUGGAGAAAGCUGCUAUGGCACCAUGUUUUCUUUGAUGUCUCCAUCUUUGUAAUAGGAGGUAUAUGCAGCAUAUCUGGUUUUAUUCACUCAAUAGAGGGGCUCAUAGAGGCUUUCAACUAUAACAUAGAAGUUUAGAUUCAAGCAGCUGCUGGAACUAGAUGUCAACUGCAACCCCCCUUCAUUUAGUGAAAAAAUAAAACAAGAGUUCCCGACAAGCGCAGCCCCUCUGCUUAUUUCAUGCGUAAAAAGCGCGCGCAGAACACACGCGGACAUUCAUACUACAGUCUUGCAUCAGUUCAGAAAAAAUGCCCGCAUACACACACACACACACACACACAAAGAGAGAGAGAGAGAGUGUGUGAAAUGGAGCUUGUGGCAGUGAGGAAAUCUAAUGCAUCUACAAAAUCUGUAUGGACAAUUCAUGUUGUAUAAAUAUGCCAACAAAAGUACAUAUACAUAUUUUCCAGUGGAGUGAACGUUUACAACACUGACCUUAAAUAAAGUUGCAAAAAAAGGGCAGUUUGUCUUUUCGUCGCUCUUGUGGUGUUUCUCCACAUGAGACUUCACUUCAUGUAAUGCUCCAGUUUGUGAUGGAUGGACAUUCAAACUCAUAAUGUGAUUUAAUGAUUAAGAUAAGUUUAUUCAAAAAGACAUAAAAGGGGGAAAAUGCCACUUUCUUCUAAGUAAGGUUUACAGUGAAUGCGGUGUUGAAUCCAGAGAACAAAGACGAAAAAGUAACACAAUGGCAACAACCAGCAGUAAAAAUACAUGAAUAUUAAUGUUCCUUUUUAAGAAAAAGUUGUUUCAUUAGAAAUAAGGAAAUUGGGCCUCCCCCUAGCAGUUUAAAACACUGGAAAUAGUCAACAGCCACUAUACAAACUAUGCAUUGAAAGUAGGAAAUUCUAGACACACAAGACAUAAUGAAACUGGGAAGUGGAAUUAAAGAAAUUCUCAAAAUGUCGAUUCUUCAGAGUUAAAGUGAUAAUGUUUUAUAUAUUGUUUUCCUUUUUAAGCCAAUAUUUGACUAGUAUUUUAUUGAUCUUUCUAUUGGCAAUGACAAAAUUAGCUCACCUGAAAAACACAUUGUGGUAAACGCCAAAACCCACAUCCUGGCUUGGACAGAUGGGGACCCCAAACACACCAAUUUUACCAAAACGCAUAUACAUUACAAAAAAAAAAGGAAAUACAGGACUGUUCAGAAAUUGCUUUUAAACACUGUUUCGAAAAUCUAGAAAAAUCGAGCAUUUAAAGAGGAAAAUGUGCAUACAGACAUUUCUCAUUCUGUGCAAUCCAACGGGUCCUGUGGAAAUGUUAUAAAACCGUAUGUGUAGUGUGUUAUUGUGGUUUCAAAAAGAUGGAAUGUAUAUCUCAAAGUCGUUAUCAUAUAUCGUGCAAUUAAUAUUAAAAAAUAAAGAAAUAAGUGAAAUUAUAUUGUAAAAUGUGUGUGGAUUUAUGUAAAACGAAAAUCGGUCAGAACGUGUAUUUUUUUUCUCUCUCUAUAAUAAAAGACAGAAAAUGGUGAAGACAGUAGUGGCAUUCAUAUUUUCUUUAAUCGAAAUAGACAACGAAUAGCACUGUGAAGGCUGCAGAGGCCCAGACUUAGACAGAAUUAAAAAAAAAUACAAUGCG